GGGGGGUGCUGCCAACCGUCCGGUUUCACGGGGCUCGGGGGGGUCGCAACGUACCGUAACCGGGCCGUGCACGCGUGGCUGGGGGCUCUAAUGGCGGUAUAACGGAGCUCGGGCGCUCCGUGGGUUACUCCGGGCCGGUAGAACCGAGCACGCGGAUGGCGGUGCGGGGUGGGAGCGGUGCGGGGUGGGAGCGGUAGCGGCGUCGUGCCGGUGCCCCACGGCCGGCUGUGUCCAUGCAGACCGACGAGGCUCUACGGGCGCUGCUCCAGCGCUUCUACGCUCUGCAGGGGGAGCGCGUGGAGACGUACCGGCUGUUCGAGGAAGGUCACCGUGCGUAUCUGAGCAGCGCCCCGCACUACGAUUUCCCCCGGUACCGGCAGUUGGUGCAUGAGAUCACGGCGGCUUUUAGCGGCAUCUCCCGCGAGGUGCUGCAGCUCCGAGGCCGCCUACGGGGUGAGCUCGGCCGCCCCGACCUGGCCCAGCAUCUCACCCGACUCCAGGAGCGGGAGCAGGAGAAGCUGCAGCUGACAGCACAGCUCCAGCUGGCCCGGCAGCGGGCGCAGGAUGAGCCCAGUGUGGACAGCCAUCAGCAGGAGGUGCGGGAGCUCAAGCACAGGCUAAUUAAAACCAUCGAGGCAAUCAGUGAAAUUCUCCAAGACCUCAAGUACGAUUCGGAAGAAGCCGAGUGAUGGGCGUCCCCGUGGGAACAGCUAAGGGGGCCGUACAGCAGAGCGCUGCGGGGCCCCCUGCCCCACUCCCACCCCCAGCGAGGUGGGCACCUGCCCCCCAACCACGGCCCCAUUCCUUAGGGGUGGAGCCCCCCUCAUGCUGAACAUCCCUUGGCAGGUGGGUGGGUGAAACACAGGGCUGGACUUAUACCCACUGCUCUGCUGAGCACAGAACCAGGGGAGCCUUUUCUCUGAGCCCCCAUUGGGACAGACACUGCCAUCACUGCCCCACAACCACCCCGUUCUGGUUCUGGGGAUGGGGACAGCACCCAACACGCACCCUUUGUGGUCACCCCCAAUAAAAACAUCCCCUGA